AUGCAGUUUCAAGAAGAAACUAGAACCAAUCAGAAAAACCCCACUGCCUCCAUAAAAAAUCUCGAAGUCCAAAUGGGUCAGAUAACACAACAGUUAGCUUCAAAUUCUCAAGCUUCGGGCACCCUACCCAGUGGUAUGGUAACAAAUCCAUGGGAACAUAACAAUGUUAACACUGUCGUAACCCGAAGUGGGAAGUCAACGGAAGAAAAUAGUAUAGAGGAAGAUGGAUUGUUAGAAGUGGAUUUAGAAAUCAAGGAAACCAAGGACCAAGAUGAAGAAGUAGUAUUGCCACCUGUCAAGGAGAAAGAAAAAGUUUUGAAACCAGUCAUCAAACUCCCUAACCCUCCGAGGCAGAAGAAGAAAGAUCAACAUGAAAAAAAAAUUGAGAGGUUCCUGGAAAUGUUUAAAAAUCUUGAAAUAAACAUCCCUUUUUCUGAGGCAUCAGAACAAAUGCCAAUAUAUGCCAAGUUCCUGAAAGACAUCAUCUCCAAAAAGUAUUCCACUGAUAUAGAACCGGUCAUCCUUACUGAAAUAUGUAGUGUCAUUCUUCAAGGAGCAAGUGUAAGCUUAAUGCCACUAUCCAUCUAUAAGAAAUUAGGCAUUGGCACCGUUCAAGAUACUCGGAUGACACUUCAGUUUGCUGAUCGCUCUGUUAGGCGACCAUUUGGGAUUGUGGAAGACAUUCUUGUAAAAUUUGACAAGUUUUUUUUCCCAGUUGACUUCGUCAUUCUGGAAAUUCCCGAAGAUGAGGAGAUUCCUCUCGUAUUGGGCAGACCAUUCUUGGAGAUAGGACGAUACAUGAUAGACAUAGAGGAAGGAACAAUGACCCUCAAAGUCUAUGAUGAAGAGCUAAAGAUAUAUGUGCGGAACACGAUGCAAUACAAAGAUGAUAUUGGCACAAGCCACACCGUGGAGAUAAUAGAUCAGGUAAUUGCUCAAGAAAUUGAAAAGCAAAUGCCCCAGUCAUCGUUAGAACGUGUUUUGAGUCUAUCGAUUUUUGAAAGUGAUGAAGAUGAGGGUGACUCUGAGGUGCUCGCUAUGAUGGAAAAACAAACUGAAUGGAUUAUAUCUAAACCACACCGAUGGUAA